AUGGAUGUUCUCUCUGCAAACAGUACAUAUUCUCGCUUCAUCCUCAGUCUACAGAGAAGCGGCUUGGUAGAUCAGGUCAACGAGUUGGAAAAUGUCACCCUAUUGGCUCCGACAAACGAUGCGUUCAAGUCGCUUGGAUUGCCUUAUCUUCUGAUGAAUGCUUCCACUCUGUUCAAGUUCGUCGUCGACCAACCGGUGCUGUCUGGUGACGUCAACGGUGUCAAUAUCUACUCCACCUUGAAUCGUCAUGGCUCUCCUUUCUUUAACGAUCUAUCCGUUCCGAUUCUCUUUGACAGGGAAUCUGAUGGCUUUAGUAUCGAAAAUGCUCGAGUGAUUUAUCCUGACAAUUUGGCUCCUGCCUCUAACUCUGUUGUCCAUGGUAUCGACUCGUUGCUUGUCGAUAUCAAACCUUCCGUAUGCGAGUCUUUCCAGACUAUUCACAUUCAUAAUUCCUUCGCUUCUCUAUUCAAUCAAGACAACUAUUGCUCCAAUUUCAAGAUUUCCAAUGUCACUUUCCUAUAUCCUGCAAAUAGUCUAUUUAAUAGAUGGUUCACUGAGAUCGAGCUAGCUUAUCUACAUCAUCAGCUUGGUUCUCAAGACCGUGAAAUGGUUUUAGGAAACUUCAUCCUUCUCGGAAUGUAUGGAGGUAACAUGUUUGGCCGGACAAUUAGCACUGAAAACUUGUUGGGAGAAUCUGUUCACCUCUCAUCUAGAUAUCAAGGUAAUGAGAUCUUAGUAGACGGUAAUUCCUCGCAGUCUACCUCUGCAAACAUCCUUUUAUCCGAUGGAAUGGCUCAUUAUUUUGAAGAAAUGGAGCUUUCCAAGCUCAGAUUCCCUACAUUUACUCCUCGAAAGUACCUUAUCGGUCUCAAUCAGACUGAUUUUGUUGACGAGCUUGAUUUCCGUAGGCUGUCCGCUUUGAUAGACGACUUAGAUUUAGAGCAAACCAUUUUUAUUACUCUCCAGGAUUCUUCCCUUUCUGUUAAAAGUCAAUCAAAGAACAGUCUUUUGUACAAGUUUGCCAAGGGUAAAAUUGAACUAAAUGGAGACAGAAUGAUCGAAUCUAAGUUCUGUACUCAGUCUUCUUUGGGUCAUUGUCAGAAAUUGAAGAUGGCAAGACUUUCGGGAGAUGAUUACCUGUUGAAUGGUCACUCACAUAUUCUUUCCGAUCGGUAUCAAAUUGGAAACACCUACAUCUAUCUGGUCGAUGAUGAUAUUCCUCUUCCAGGUAAGCUUGAACAUUCAAUUAGUCCCGUCGAUAGAUGCGCCAAAACCUUACGAUUUAUGGAUGAUUUUGGCCAGUUGAAGUUCAAGCACAACGAUGGCCGUGGAUAUACAGUUUUCUUGCCAACAUCGGAUGCUUGGAGCGAUAUUGACCUCACUUUAGACUAUCUAAUCGCCCAUGAGGACAAGCUGGAACUUGUAUUGGGUAACUUAGUUCUAAAUGGAUUGGUCUACAGUGAUUUUGUCGGUUCCAAGCAGCUUACAAACAUCAAUGAUGAUCCUAUAGUCCUUGACAAGAUGCGUGAUUCCACUACUGUUACCAUUAAUAACAGAAUACAGUUACCUCUGUCGUUUGGAUCUGAGGCAUUGUUCCGCGACGGCGUGGCCUAUCCCGUCAACCGCGUGGUUCUACCAGAAUCUAUGACCAUAACUAUGGACGAACUGAUUGAAACGGCUCAGGCUGAAGAGUUUCUCAAUAUUCUAAAGGCAGUAAAUCUAACCAAUUUGCCUUAUGACCCAUACUAUUCGUUCAUAGUUCCUUCUUCAGCCACCCUUCUUAUUGCAAAUAUCACCUCUUUGACUAAGGGCCUAAGCUUUCUUGAGGAAUUCGCUCGUCUACAUAUAUUGCCAGGCAAAUCCUUAGACAAAGCACUCAGUUGUGAAAAGGAGAUUCCUACGUUGUUAGACGGAGUUCAUCUUACUUGCAACAAGCUUCCCUCUGGAGGUCGUAUGCUUCAGAUAUUGGAAGGUAAUGAUCACGAGGUGCGUGUGCUACGUAGCGGAUUUACUACGACUGAUUCGGGUCUCUUGCUAAUAGAUAAACCACUCAAUCCAGAUUGGCUAGACUCUCAUAAUCGUCCAUUAAUCAGACUUCGUCUUCCGUUUGUGUCUGUACUUAUUGGAAUAGUAUUGGGAAUGGUGAUUCUUACGUCGAUCUUGUCGUUCUGUUUCUUCUUUACGGUAGGUUCUGAUUCUGCCAAGCAAUCUGAUUUGGAGAUCGCUGAUGACAACCCGAAUGAGCAGACUCCUAACAGACAGGACGAAAGAUCAAGGCUCUUUGCACCUACGGCACCUACGGUACCUACGGCUCCUAUGGCACAUACUGGCUAUGGUAGCAUUGAUUCAAAAAGACCUACAGAAUCAAGAAGAGCAGUUGAACCAUUAGGAUUCUCGGAAAGAUACUCUACACAUUCGAAAGCAAAGGCUAUCAACUGCAGCAGAGUUCGUACGGAGAUAUGA